AUGGCGAGCGUCGAUGUUGCUGCACUCGGUGCCGUUCCCGCCAAUGGAGGGGCAACCGCGGCUUCCCACCCCUACACCUGCAACACCUGCUCUGUUGCGUACCGAAACAUCGAUCUGCAGAGAGGCCACAUGAAGAGCGACUGGCACCGAUACAACCUCAAGCGCAGAGUCGCCUCGCUUCCUCCCAUCGCUUCUGAGGUCUUCAACGAGAAGGUUCUCCAGGCCCGCGCCGUCCAGACGGCCGAGGCAGAGAAGGCCUUGUUUGAGCGCAGCUGCGAUGCUUGCCAAAAGUCCUACUCGAGCGAGAAUGCGUACCAGAACCAUCUUACGAGCCAGAAGCAUAAGGUCCGUGUCGCCGCCAUUGCUAGACGCAAGGGUGGCGUCGCCGACGAUGCCAGCUCUGUCAUGAGCUCUACCUUCUCUCUCGGCGAGCCCAUCGCUGUCGACAAGGAGAACGAGUUGGAUUCCGAGGCCGAGGAGGAGUUCACCCAGGUCGUCGAGGGUCUCAAGAAGGCCAACAUUCACGAGUCCCACGACGAUCGUCCCUCGCCCGUCAAGCGCCCCUCGAACCCCCACUUGUCUGCUCAGGGCCAGCGUGCUGGUGAUGAUGCCUCCAUCAACCGCGACUCCGACUCUACCACUCCCGUCCCGUCCAAGCCGGAGAUCGCAUGGAGCACAAAGUCCUGCCUUUUCUGCAACUACGAGUCGCCCACUGUCCCCCUCAACGCCAACCACAUGGAGCGAUUCCACGACAUGUUCAUUCCUGAGAAGCAGUACCUUGUCGACCUCGAGGGUCUGCUGCAGCACCUGCAAGAACGCGUUCACGAGGGCCACCAGUGCCUGUACUGCUUCAAGACCAAGAAGACGGCCUUCGCCGUGCAGACCCACAUGCGCGACAAGGGUCACUGCAAGAUCCCUUACGACACCGAGGAGGUCCAGCUGGACAUUGGUGACUUCUACGAUUUCCGCAGCACUUACUCCGAUGGCGAGGAGUCGGACGAGGAAGAGGAGGCUGAGCAGAAUGGCGGAGCCAAGCUGGGUCUGAAGCGCCCAACCAAGCUGGUUGGUGAAGACGGCGAGGAGGUUGAUGGCGCAGAGGACGGUUGGGAGACGGACAGUUCGGCUUCUUCUCUCGACUCGGAUGAGUUGACGGCCUUCACUGCGGAUGGCCGUUAUGAGCAGUAUGAGCGCCUCGACAAGCACCCUCACCACGCUCGUGAAGACCCUCGCACCCGUCACCAGGCAGACGGCUGGCACUCUCAUGCCCACAAGCACACUCGAGCCGUCUUCUACGACGACUACGAGCUCCACCUUCCGUCUGGCAAGGCAGUUGGCCACCGCUCUCACAAUCGAUACUUCAGACAGAACUUGCACAACUACCCCUCUGCCGAGGAGCGUGAGGAGCGGUUGGCUAUCGAGGCAGGCUCUGGCGAUGAGAUGGAUGUGGAUGGAAGAGAGGUUGCCACCACCGGCGACCGGAAGACUCGCAACCAGCGUGCCGUUACUCGCAGAGACGCUGCGGGUAUGGCUGGUGCGACUGACAAGCAGAAGCGUGCUGUCAGACAGGAGGAGGUCAGAGGCCGCAGCAAUGCCACCCGUCACCAGAAGCGUUACGACUACGGAGUCAGCGUGAAACUCAACAACCAGAAGAACUUUUACUACCGCUACCAGGCCGGUGGUUGA